AUGAGGGGGAAAGAUGGGCCUUCCUCAAGCUCCUUCGUCCUGAACACCGGAGCGAGAAUACCCGCCAUAGGGCUCGGCACCUGGCUGUACGGUGGCGAUCUCUGCAUCGCCGCCGUUCAGACAGCUCUGAGGGUCGGAUAUCGCCACAUCGACUGCGCCCAUCUCUAUGGAAACGAGAUCGAAGUGGGGAAGGCGCUGGCCGAAGCCUUCCAAGGAGGAGGUCUCCGGAGAGAGGACCUGUUCUUGACCUCGAAGCUCAUCUGGGCAUCGAAUUCCCACAAAAGGGUGGAGAAUUCCGUCAAGGUUUCCCUCAAAACCCUCGGUGUUUCCUACCUGGAUCUGUAUCUCGUUCACUGGCCCGAUACUUCCUCCUUCGAGGACGCCACCGAUCGUCCAUGGAACGCGGGUACCGAGUACAGGCAGCUAUCGCAGGCUCUGAAGCCGACGUGGAUGGCCAUGGAAGAUCUCGUUGCCAAGGGCCUAGUCCGCGCCAUAGGCGUCAGCAAUUUCAGCGUUCAGCAGAUCAAAGAGCUCCUCCAAUUCGCCAAGAUCGUUCCCGCCGUCAAUCAGGUCUGUAACUCUCAUUAAUUUCCGUAAAUCUACAGACACGGAUUUUUUUUCCCUCUUCUCGUCUGUUGGGUAUUAUCAAAGGAAGUAAUUUGAUCCCCCCACCCCCCGAAGAUCCAUCGUCUUUCUUCACAGCAUCUUUCUGUUGCCCUACUGAGAUCUCCAUGGUCGUCCUCUCCGGUACUGCAUAGGUGGAACUGCAUCCUUUCUGGAGGCAAGACGAUAUCGUCAGAUUCUGUCAGGACAAGGGGAUCCACGUGUCGGCUCACACGCCGCUGGGCGUCCCCAUCGGCAGCGGCGGCGGCGGCACUCUGCAGAGAGACGGCCGAGCAGAGGACGAACCGGGAACUCCCCGGAUCACUCUAGGGCGAUCGAGGUCCGUCCAUGGGCCCAUGCUGAAGCUGUCAGUGAUUUCGGAGAUCGCAGAAGCCCGCAAGAAGACACCGGAACAGGUACAAAUCCUCCUCCUCCACCCUCUAAUGGCCGCCGGCGGCGCUGAAGAACUCAAAUCUUGAUUGAGGGCAUCUCGCUUUGUGGCAGGUGAUUCUGCGGUGGGGAGUGCAGAGGGGGACGAGCGUGCUGCCCUGCAACGUGACACCCGACAGGAUCAGGAAGAACUUCGACAUCUUCAACUGGACCCUCUCCGAGGAGGAGUUGACCAGGAUGAACAGGAUCGAGCCGCAGGUCUGCCUCUUCGGCAGCGGCUCCGCCGGCGUCUCCGAGAGCUUGGGGGUCUCCGCCAGCGGCCAUCUCCAGGCCGUCCACGAGACGGACGACGACGACGACUCCGAGCUGGACUCCUAA